AUACACACAACACGGCAGCAAGCCAGGAUGACCUCGUCCCCAAAAAAGGCACAGUGUCGUCGGUUGUUCGGAACUGGUUUGGUUUUGUGGCGUCCGACAGCGAACAAACCACGACCCACUGCAAAGUUUGUUUGAAAGCUGUUGCAACCAAAAGACACUGAGGAUGGCGGUAAAUUGGGCAGGACUGCUGUCCAUUGGAGUGUUUUAUAUGAUCGUACUGGGCACAGGUAUCUGGGCAUCCAGGAAGUCCAAACGGGAAGAGAAGAAGUGCACGGGCAACCGCAGUGAAGUUGCAAUGGUUGGAGGGCGGAACCUCAACAUCUGGGUCAGCAUCUUUACUAUGACAGCCACUUGGGUGGGAGGAGGCUAUAUUCUGGGUUGCGCUGAAGUGGUCUACGAUCCAACGAAGGGGUUGGUUUGGGCCACUGGACCCAUUGCCUUUAUCAUGAACCUGAUUAUAGGUGCACUCUUCCUUGUCAAACCUAUUCGGUCGAAGAACUAUGUCACCCUCAUGGACCCAUUUCAAAACAAAUAUGGCAACAGUGUAGCUGCUGUUAUUUUUAUUCCUGCUCUCCUUGCUGAUAUUUUGUGGAUAGCGUGUGUCCUCGGUGCACUGGGAGGGACGCUAAGUGUGGUGAUGAAUGUCUCCUCCAGGCUUGCUGUAGGCGUCUCUGCUGCUGUGGCAAUCUUGUACACAUUAAUGGGAGGACUGUACUCUGUGGCCUAUACUGAUGUCAUCCAGCUUAUGUUCAUGUUCCUCGGCUUGUGGUUUUGUGUGCCCUUUAUCCUGACAAGCCCCUCCUCAGCUAACAUUACUGUUGCUGCGGUAACCAAGCUGUACCAGGAGCCAUGGAUCGGCAAGCUGGAGCUGGAGGAUACAGGUCGCUGGAUAGAUGACAUACUGCUAAUGGCCAUCGGAGGGAUCUGCUACCAGGCUUUCUACCAGAGAGUCCUGUCCACAGCCACCGAUAAACAAGCUAAGAUCACCUGCUAUGCUGGGGCAGUUUUAUGCCCAAUCCUUGGCAUGCCAUCACUCAUCAUUGGGGCAGUGGCGGCAUCUACAAAUUGGAACCAGACCACCUACGGUUCACCCAGCCCUUACGAACAGGGCAAAUCUGGUAUGAUCUUGCCAAUUGCCCUUCAGCAUCUUUGCCCUUUCUACGUCUCACUGAUUGGCAUGGGAGCACUUGCUGCCUCGGUGAUGUCAUCAGUCGACUCUGCACUCCUGUCUGCUGCCUCCCAGCUGGGCCGAAAUAUCUUCAAGAACAUCAUCUACAAACAGGCAUCGGAAAAAAAUAUUAUUGUGGUGGUUAAAGUGUCAAUCUUCCUGUGCGGACUGAUGGGAGCAGGCCUGGCCAUGAUGGCAAAGUCCGUACACCUGUUCUGGAUCGUCAGUGCAGAUGUCAUGUAUUCAAUGAUGGCUCCCCAGGUGAUAUGCAUCUUCUACUUAUCUCAGAGGGUGAACCACUAUGGGGCCUGUUGUGGCUUUGUGUUGGCACUACUGCUCAGAGCUCUGGUUGGGGAACCCCUGAUAGGCCUUCCUGACGUGCUGCCCCUGCCGUGGGACAAGAUACAGGAGGACGGUCACCGAUACCGCUUUUUCCCUUUCCGCACUGUCAUCAUGCUCAUCGCCACCGGGACUAUUUUGCUAGUAUCUGGCUUUGCUGUGUGGCUGUCUGAGAAAGGGCUGCUAAGAAGAAUAAGUGAUGCCGAAACGGACACAGACAUACAUUACAUGGCGCCAGUUGGAACAGACGUGGAGGAAAAGGACAGACUGAAUAAAGAACAGUCUCACUUAUCCUCCAGAGGAAGCAAUGAGGAAGAGGACAAAUGUUAGGACUUUUCUAAGCACAUACACAUUCAUAUAGCAUGUGGGUGGUGUUUCACUGUCCAGAGCUGCUUGUGCAAACAAAACCUUCAUGGAAGAAGCAGUAGAAGAAAACCAUACCUGAGUCCACAUCAUAAAAUUCAACGUCAGAAGUAUGCAGCAGAACAUCUACAGAACCCUGAUGGGUUUUAGUGUGAUGAAGUUAAAAUAGUAUCCAAAAAUACUUAAGCAAAGGGAUGUUUGAAGAAAAAAAAGAGCAGCAGUUUGUGAAAAGCACACCUCCCCAACCAUUUAAGCAUGGGGGUGAUUCUAUUAUGUUUCCUGGUGGUGUUGCAGCCAGUGGCACAGGAAACACUGCACGGGUGGAGGGACGAAUGGAUUCCACUAAAUACCAGCAAAUAAUUCUGGAAGCAAACAUACAGCAUAUGUAACGAAGCUGAAGCUGAAAAGAGGAAAGCUUAAGGAUGAUUAUUAUAAACGUACCUUGUUGGAAGGUUUAAAGAGUGUUUGUUUGUUUGUUUGUAAAGGGUUGAAACGGUUCCUAUCGACCACUGUUGACGAGGCCUAAUGAGUUGAUAAAGGUCUGAGACCUUGUAAAAGGAAUCUGAGACUGGAUAACUCUUAGGUUGCCCAAACAUUUAUACAUACUAUGUAUUUUUGUUCAGGUUAUGAAAUGAAAUUAAACAAUGCAUGAA